AACCAGGAUUCAACCCGAUCGAGCAAGACGAUUCCGGACGGAUUGCAGAAACACAGGGAAGUACAGUAUUGCAUGUUGGGUCGGUGGCAAAUUGCAUGAAGAAAGGCCACUGGUGGGUAGCGUAGCCAUUGCACUGGCGAUUGAUUGCAAUAAAGCUAUAUUUGCAUGCGAAAUUGUGUUUUGGAUUAAGUGGAUCUGGUCCAUGUGGUAUUCGUAAUUCAUCGAUCUUGGAUUCUGCUGGUUCUGGUUGGCUUGGAUCGUUCGUUGGUCGGUUUCCCCUCCGCUGUGCUGUCAAUUUGGGUGGUUCGUCUCGCGGCGCGGAACGUUGAGUCGAUUCGCAGUCAACAGUAGCAGCAAGUGCAGUGUUAUAGUGCGGCAGUGAGUAGUGCGGCAGCGUAUAGUGCGGUGUUAGUGCACAGUGCAAACGAACUCCUCAGUUUUGUGAACAUUCUUUGGAUAGUGACUUCAGUGAUUAAUUAGUGAAUCAUGGCGGACGAUUUGCGUGGUUUGCUGAAGCGAGAGAAGCGCAUACGGGACAGUUUAGACUCCGUGGCUUCAUUUGUGCAUGAAUUCAAAGAAGAAGAAGACAAAGAUGAGGUGGAAGUUCGUUUGCAGCUGUUAGAAAGUACAUUCCAUGACUUCCACAAAGUGCGUGAGAAGAUUGAUGUGAUUCUGGAUGAAGCCGACGAAGAUGAAGUGGUCGACACAGAGGAGUCGGAACAGGAGCGUCAAGUGAGACUGAAACUUACGGCGAAGAAGCGGGAAGCUGACAGUGCAGUUGUUUCGAGGAACGUGGAGAACUGUUAUUGCAAAGCCAAGGCUGCGUUGCUGAAAUGGCGGAAUCAGAUGAGACCGGUCAUUCCAAGUUCUGCGGUCCCAGUUGCACAGCCGGUUCUCUCGAGGGUGAAGCUUCCGGAGAUAAAGCUCCCAUCUUUCAGCGGCGUUCUGCGUGAUUGGGUUUCGUACCGUGACGCGUUCCAAAGCCUGAUUCAUCGGAACCGGGAGCUCACGGACAUGGAUAAGUUCACCUACCUCCGAUCAUCGUUGUCCGGUGACGCACUCCUGGAAGUCAGUUCCAUCGAGCUUUCCGCUGCCAACUACUCGAUAGCGUGGGACGCGCUGGAGGAUCGCUAUCACAACCGAAAGCUAAUCGUGAAGGCGUACCUCGAUGCCAUCUUCGGAAUCGAGUCGAUGCGACGAGAGAGCUAUGAAGCGCUGAGCCAGCUCAUCAGCGACUUCGAGAAAAACUUGCAGAUGUUGAAGAAGAUGAACCAGGACACCGACAGCUGGAGCACGAUUCUGGUGCACAUGGUCUGCUCGAGACUCGACAGCACUACGUUGCGAUUCUGGGAAGCGGCGCACAAUUCGAAGGAAGUACCUACAUACCGGAACCUUAUCACCUUCCUGAAGAAUCAUUGCGCUGUUCUCCAAUCCGUCGAGUCGAGAAACCCUGCUGGCGAGAUGAAGAAGCCGACGAUAAGUGUGAGCCAUCCUUCGACCAGCAGCACCGGGCGAUGCUGCUUCUGUUCAGAGUCAUUCCAUCCAGCGUUUCUGUGUGGAAGGUUUCAGAAGAUGACGAUACCGGAGCGAUACGAUGCUGUUAGGAAAAACGGCUUGUGCAUGAACUGCCUGUCAUCGGGACACUUGGCCAGGAGCUGCAGCAAGGGAUUGUGCCGACAAUGCGGAAGAAAGCACCAUACUCUGCUUCACUCCGAAGCAAACAGUGCUAAAAUAUCCUCCGUUCCGCAGACGUCAACAAAACCCCCAAGUCAAUCUCAAGCGCAAGCACAGCCGGGAACACCAACACACCAGACAGCAUCCACCACACACCACCAAUACGAACCAUCCACUUCUUUAUCCAUUAUCCACACACAUUCGCAAAACCCACAGCUCGCCACAGACCAACAGCCCAUAUUGCAAAACACUGUCUCCCUUCCGUCACAAAUAAGAUCUUUCUCAAGGCAAGUCCUGCUAUCUACUGCUAUUGUUCGAAUUCGUGAUGACGACGGAAGCACGACGCUGGCCAGAGCAUUGCUGGAUUCAUGCUCGCAGUAUUGUUUCGUCACAUCCGAAUUCUGUCGACGAAUGAACCUUAAGGAAUUCUCGAACUACCUGACGGUGAAGGGAAUCGGAGGUUCAGCUAGCGUCUCCCAAAGGGCUGUGAGUGGCACGGUCAGUCCACGCUUCGCAAGCAUCUCCAAUUUCGAGAAAGUAAUGCAUUUCAACGUGUUGCCGAAGCUGACGAUUCCGCUACCAUGUGAAGGGUUCGACGUCAGCAGGUGGAAUCUACCAGAUCGCAUCGUGUUAGCAGAUCCCGAGUUCUACCAAACGUCGGACAUCGACAUGAUCAUCGGUGCCGAGUACUACCUCGAUCUGCUGCAGGAGGGAAGUUUCCGACUGAGCGAAUAUGGACCAACGUUCCAAAACACGGUAUUUGGUUGGAUCGUGUCUGGCCGAAUCUCCAAAGCUACUGCGUCCAUGCCAGUGACUACCACCACGCUGUGUUGUACGGCGGAGCCCCAAGACCGAGGACCGUUGCCGAGGAAGCAGAGCAUCAUUGAAAGUAUCCCGCCAUGGGUCGGUUUCACCAAGGAUUCGGUAUCCACCGAAUGGAACGGUUUUUCAGAUCCAACAUCAUUAGAAGAACGAAAGGCCGUAUCGUUGCCGGUGCAAGCAGUCCCUCUCAGCGAAAUAUCUUCACUGCGCUCGUCCCUGUCGUCCCUAGUCCAGUUGGUUGCUUGGAUACGUCGAUUCAGGCACAACCCGCAGAGAGUGAACCGCAAUUCCAGGAAAACCGGGUACCUGAGCUCGCAGGAUAACGAGGACGCGCUGCUCCAGUUCGUUCGGCUGUCUCAAGAGGAAUGCUUCCCGCAGGAGAUAGCAAGUUUGUCCCGGGAGGAUCAGGUUAUAGAUUCUUCAAAAAUAUUGACUCCCAAGCUGCGAGAAGGAGUACUCCGCGUUGGCGGCCGGCUACGGAACGCACCAGUUUCGGAAGACCGGAAGCACCCGAUGAUUACCGACCACCGUCAUCCGCUCGCCUCGAUGAUAAUCCAGCACUACCAUCUGAAGAUGCUCCAUUCCGGGCAGCAGGUCCUCCACAAGUGUGUCACAUGCUUCCGAAUGAGACCACGAUGCCAGGAACAAUUGAUGCCGCCGGAGAGAGUGAAUCCGGCACCGCCAUUCCUCAAGGUACGGAAGAAGCGGACUAUGCUGUACCUCUCCGACUUGCACAUCCGGACAAAGUGGACAAGGCAACAACGUGACAACAUCGUAGUUGGGACAAUGGUCUUGUUGAUAGGCGAACGGCUUCCGUCGUUGAAGUGGAACCUCGGCCGUGUCACUGAGGUUUUCCGAGGCUCGGACGGAAACAUCCGAGUGGUAGAAGGACAACGUAGAGUCUUCCAACGAAGGGACAUAACUCGCCUCCACCGGUGGUGCUUCGGCACCCGCGGAGGUCUCUGUGGCCUCCGCACUCCACCGCUGUUCUACCCGGUCCCGAGUCCCCGGGACAUUCCACCCUUCGAAGUCGACCAGUCCAAGAUCUUUCUCCAACAACGCGUGAAAAUCCCCUUCCUCGCGGUCGAGGACAACCGCAGGACAUCCCUGAAGAAGUGCGUCGUCAAUCGAUGUACCAGGAAAAUCAACACCAUCCAGCCCCUGUCGUCAAGUCAACAGGAUCCCUUGAAGUCCUCCGAAAAAAUGGAUAGACAUCGCAUCGCACUGCUGGUUGGGACGUACCUCCUGGGCCAGCAGCAACAGCAGAAGCACCAGGGAAAAACCGGAGCCCAUUUUCUAAACGAUAACGACCUGAGUCACCACCACGUGCCAUAG